GUAUAAUGCUUGGAACAAUCGUAACUUUCCUUACCAUUCCUUACCUCUUUACCGAUAGAUCACCACACUGCGCAUGUCCAUCGAAGAGGGGGAAGAAAAGAAAAAAAAAAAACAACAACCUAAAUACAGAAGCCUAACAAAGCAAAAACAGGACGCCCACUUUCCCCGUACCCGCCCGCCUGCCUACCCACCAUGACGAGUAAACAGCAACACUCAAAGGCUCUCUCCUCCAUCCAGAGUACGGGUGGCAGGACUUCGGCUCAGCCGCAAGCCUCAUCACCACCAUCACCAAUACCCCUCCCAGGAGUACUAACAGAAGCAACCAAGUCAGAGAAACGACUCUUCGCCGCCGUCAUUUUCCGGACACCAGAGACACUAGCGUCCAAGGCCCGUAACCCAAAAGGGCUGCCCGAGGACCUCCAGCGUCGGGAAAAGGACUUGAUAAAGGCACUGCCCCCGCGACUCCUCCAAUCGCGAAGUACGAGCGGACGAAUAGCCAAUAGGUGGGCGUGCAAAGUGCAUGAACCACUCAACGGUGAUCUCCUCGAAGCCCUCUUUUACAAAAUCCGCUAUGAGGCGUGGGGCACGCACCUCAACACCCUAGUGCCCGUGAAGAAUAGAGAUGCGCAAGAGCUCGUCGCAAACUUGAGAAUUAUAUCGGCGUACUGGAUUCCCCCGGGAGAUUAUGAAAAACUUUAUAUGGCGAGCCCGCCUCGAGAUGACAUGUAUCAGGACACCGAUUGCGAUGGCUGCCUUCUCGCGGCUAUCGCGGGUGACAUUGUAUGUCUUGAGGCCGUGAGGAUCGCAAUCUAUUCGAGGAAGCAUCGAGGUGGUAGGUUGGUCCCGUGGCUGGACGCCUGGAUAAGGGUCCAUGGCAAAGAUGCACUUCACAGGAUCAGAGAACGCUCGGAAACGGUCGGGAGAAUUGUCAGAAAUACUAAAAGGGCGAGCUUCACCACUCUUGAGCGACAGAUUAAGAAGGACAAGCGGGAGAGAGACAAGUCCUUCCUGGAUGAAUUAAAGUACAGGGAGAGGAAACUCAAAUCCUCGGAUCCGUUUAGCCCCGAGGCCAGAAGCUACUGGGAAGCCAACAAGCCCAAAGGCCCUUCCGUGGAUUCUCAUGCUAUCCCCCAAGAAGGAGAACCCAAUCCAAUCAAUCACGUCAACGCCUCAGGCCCAAACCCGCCGGAGAUCACGAAGCAAGUACCUCUUGGCCGAAGAGCCCACUCUUUCUAUGGCGAACAUUUCAAUCCAUUCGACGUCUACUACAACAGCGACGACGACCCACUCCCGGACGGGGAAAGCGGGUACACCUCGGAGUACUCUACAAUCGAUGUCGCAUGGCACUAUCGGGAAAUUGAGCGCAAUGGUGGGUGGAUAUAAAUAUUGUAUGCUGCGUUCUUUCUUUUUUUCCUGUUUUUUCCCUACUAUACCGUAUUAUCUUUCCCUUAUAAUGCCAUUUUCACCUAGGGCUUGUAUGGUCUUACUCACACUUUCAUCUAAAUAUCCAUACCAAUUAAAGUGGGCCCCAGGCGUUCUCGUACGACGUAGACAAGAAUUGGGCUUUUGUCCAGUAAUUUUUAAUAUUAACAA